AUGCAUGUGGCUAACAAUAGGUUCAAUGUAGCUUUGCAGCGGCUGCAGAGUUUUAGGACUAUGUAUGAUUAUAACACAAGGCUUGAAACAUUUGCUGAUUGGCCCUUUACUGAAAACUGCAAGUGUACCCCUGAAAAUAUGGCAAAGGCAGGCUUUAUACACUGUCCCACGGAGAAUGAGCCAGAUGUUGCCUGCUGUUUUUUUUGUCUCAAAGAGUUGGAAGGCUGGGAGCCAGAUGAUGACCCUAGGGUUGAACAUUCAAAAAGAUCUACUACUUGUGGCUUUCUCACCCUCACAAAAAGCACUGAUGAGUUGACCAUGGAAGAGCUGCUUCGAUUGGAGGUCUCUCGGAUUAAGAAUUUCUAUCGCAAGUUUGCCAGUGUUGUUAGCCAAUACCUUGAUGAAGAGAUGACUGCCACCACGAGACGCCUGGUUGAAUACUUUGCUAAUCAACAUAACUGUUCGCUUGAGAUGGAUCUUCAGCUUUAA